AUGCCACAGGGUGAACAGGACUCCCUGCCUUUUUCUGUGGACAACUCCUCUCUGACUGGCGAAUCCGAACCCCAGACCCGCUCCCCGGACUGCACGCAUGACAAUCCGCUUGAGACCCGGAACAUCACCUUCUUCUCCACCAACUGUGUGGAAGGCACCGCUAGGGGUGUGGUGGUGGCCACAGGCGACCGCACAGUCAUGGGCCGCAUUGCCACGCUGGCCUCGGGCCUGGAGGUGGGCAAGACGCCCAUUGCCAUCGAGAUUGAGCACUUCAUCCAGCUCAUCACCGGUGUGGCUGUGUUCCUGGGCGUCUCCUUCUUCAUCCUCUCCCUCAUUCUGGGGUACACCUGGCUCGAGGCUGUCAUCUUCCUCAUCGGCAUUAUCGUGGCCAAUGUCCCUGAGGGGCUGCUGGCUACUGUCACGGUGUGCCUGACGCUGACCGCCAAGCGCAUGGCCCGCAAGAACUGCCUGGUGAAGAACCUGGAGGCCGUAGAGACGCUGGGCUCCACGUCCACCAUCUGCUCCGACAAGACCGGCACACUCACCCAGAACCGCAUGACCGUCGCCCACAUGUGGUUUGACAACCAGAUCCACGAGGCCGACACCACUGAGGACCAGUCAGGGACCUCAUUCGACAAGAGCUCUCACACCUGGGUGGCCCUGUCCCACAUCGCCGGGCUGUGCAACCGGGCUGUCUUCAAGGGCGGCCAGGACAACAUCCCCGUGCUGAAGAGGGACGUGGCCGGCGACGCUUCGGAGUCCGCCCUGCUCAAGUGCAUCGAGCUGUCCUCGGGUUCCGUGAAGCUGAUGCGGGAGCGCAACAAGAAAGUGGCCGAGAUCCCCUUCAACUCCACCAACAAAUACCAGGUAGGAAGGAGCCGCAGCUCUGCGGCCGUGAGGGUUCUCCAGGGAUGAGCUACAGCAAUAGCC